AUGGAAGACUGUAAUACAGACCUUGCUUCAAACAGCGAAUCCCAAGGGACAGGCACAUCAAAUAUCGACGCUGGACCUACUGGUCCAAGCGUAGACUCACAAAAGGACUCUCAAGGGAGUUAUAGCCAGCCAAAGACGCUUAUCGACGCCGCCCUUGAGUUUCUGGCUGUGGCCAGCAACGAAAGUCUUAUAUCUGCCUUUGUGGUCCUGCUAGCUAUUAUAUACAUUGUUUUUGGCCAGCUUGGACUCUUGCUGAUUGGUGUGUGCUUGGGCGUGGUUUUUCAUGCUUCAUGGGAAGGGUCCUAUCACCAGACUGAGAACAAUGCUCCCCUUUCAAGAAACGUGAACCGGCGAAAGGAGCUUGCCUUGGAACUUGCCGGGAGGUUGCUCGAGAUUCCGGUAUCUAAUUCAAGAAGGCUCAGCAUACAGGAUGGAGAGACAAAAGGGUCUGAAAUACCACUCGAGCUGGACCACGAGUACCCUACUUUCCGGCCGGAGACAGCUGCUGCAUUGCAGUCACUGACCCAUGCGAUACUCGCCAAUUAUGUGAAAUAUUGGUAUGACCCGAUUCUACCCUCGGAGCCGAAAUUUGCCCUAUCUUGUCAAAAGACAUUGUCUGAUUUCAUCGUCUCGGUGUCUGGACAUCUUUCACAAAAGCGGACCGCAGAUACAUUUACCCAGUUCAUUACCAACUCGUCAUCGAUGAUGAUUGUCUUCUUGAAUGAGCUUUCCGCAGCUUAUCAGUCUUCGGGGAAUCAGCAAUUAUCACCAGAGCAGGUUGUAAAACAGUAUCUGGAGGUAUCCCCUGACUGCAGCUUGGCAAAUGUCUUGUCAAGAAAACAACAGCAAAAGAAAUUUAACAUGCUGGCUGAAGAUAUACUGUCUACAUUUCUUGACAAAAAAGCAUAUGAGUGCGAUGUGAUGAGAACCUUUCUUCGAGAGGUGCUUUCAGGCAUUGUCCUGGAAUCUAUGGUUUCGAAUCUGUCUCGCCCCGAGACAAUAAACAGCUGGAUCUUAUAUCUACUUCGGGAUGGUGAACCAGAAAUAAUGAGUGCUAUAGAUGCUGGAAUUGAAGGAUCAAAGACACAAAAUGCGGAUCUUGCUGAGUCUAGAACUGCCACGGGUCACUCAACUUUGAACACCACUGGAGAUGAUGGGAACCCUACACAGGCAGUUUCAACAAUAGCAAGAGAAGGGUCCAUUUUGCAAAAUCAAGAAACUGCCAUAGCCUCUCUUAUUGACAAGCACCUGUCCAUCGAUACGCCGACUCACGAUGGACGACAGAUUCAGCCCACUAUCUCUAAUAAUAUAGAUGAUUCCACCAAUCUACUGCACCAAGAGACAUAUUCAGCUGCCGAGCUGCAUCAGCUAGAGCAAAACAAUGGCCAAUUAGCCACAGGCCUUGUUGAGCUUACUACCGAGCAAAGGCAGCCCAGACCUAGUCCCGCAGAAAGGCGCUCUAUAGAAACGACUGAAGCCCCUCAACUGAGUCUUCAUGGAGCAUGGGUAUCGGUGGACGACGGCUCAAGCGCUGGGGAGAGGGAUACUCUCAGAUCCAAACCUACAUCGGACUACUUUCUGCAGAUUGAGCCUUCCUCGUCGCGCUUCCCAGGAUGGAUGAUCUUCAGGAAAUAUGCAGAUUUCGAGUCUCUCCAUGAGACAAUCGAGGCUAUCGCUAGAUUGAACGACGUACGGGGGUUUAGAGAGAAGCAUACCAUGCUGCCAGCUUGGAAGGGGCAGACCAAGAAAAUGCUUGCACGAAGUUUGGAGCAAUAUUUGCAAGAUGCACUUCGGCACGAAAUUCUUGCCGAAAGUCCCAGAAUGAAAAGAUUUCUGGAGAAAGAUGGAAGCUUUGGUAUCGACCCUUCUCCAGAACCGACUGCAAAGCUGGGCUUUUCGUUUCGUAGCCAGACUGCGCUAGAAAACGUGGGGAAAGGUGUCCUUGGUGCUCUGACACAAGCCCCCAAAGGUGUGGCAGGAAGUGGAAAAGCUGUGCUGGAUGGCGUUACCAAUGUCUUUGGUACAGUGGCUGGUACCAGCAAGAGAUUUUCCAAUAUACCUGCAGAAAAUGGAUCAUUGAUGCGAAAUAUUUCGGUCAAUACGAAGAGCGAUGGUUCCCAUGCAACCCAGGAUACCAACGCUUCCCGCAGCGAGCCGAAGCUGGCUGGCCCUAACACCAGCAAUAGCCACGUAAUGUCGCCAACGAUGGAAGGAACGCAAAGUCCACCUCAAGGCACAUCGAUGGAAUCAUUCUUCAAAAAUUCACCUAGCUCUGCGGAGGGGGUUGGCUCGUUUCCAGCACUUGCCACACCAGAAUUGACUGAUGCCAGUAGUGAGAGUCAUGCUGCUAGAGAUGAAAAGAUCCAUGCAGAAAAUAAUGAACACACCCAAAAUUCCAUGGAUCAAGAGGGUCAUGCGCUUGGUUUAUUAAAAUCGCCAGUCAAAAGUUCAAUGCGCAAUCCGUUGCCGGGAGAUGUUGAUACCAGCUGUGGCCCAAGCAAUUCUCCCAUCACAUGUGAAGAAACACAAAUGGCCGUGGAGCUUAUUUUUGCCGUCAUAAAUGAGCUCUACACCCUAUCUUCUGCUUGGAAUAUUCGACGAACCUUUCUAAAUGCUGCUAAAUCAUAUAUUCUUCGUCCAAGCAGCCCCCAUCUCGAGAAUAUACGUGCUUUGCUGCAGGAAUCCAUGAUUGAGGCACACACUUCAGAUGAGGCGAUAGGGUCAUACAUCUCGAAGAUGCGUGAGAAUGUCCUUCCCACUGAUCAGGAGCAGGCACUUUGGCCUUCACCUCCCGAUGAAGCUGAGAAACAGCGUCUGAGAGAAACAGCAAGGAAGGUCUUCAUACAAAAGGGCAUCCCGCAAGCCCUAACGAGUAUCAUGGGUGCUGCUGCUAGCCGAGAAGCGUUAGAAAAGGUCUUCGAUUGUCUUCAAGUUGACUUGGUUGCUCGUGGUUUUGUUUUCGCUCUUCUUCUCCAGGCGAUGAAAGCAAUCAUGUUAUGA